AUGUCGGCCUACAAGAACCGCACCUCCGCUCCUACUUCCACUGCUCCCCCCACUCCCACUCUCACUCGCGCCAGCGCCAGCACCAGCACUACCUCACGCCCUGAACCCAAGCACGAACGCGGGGACACGAGCCCCGUGUCCGAGCAAUCGGACCAGGACGGCGACAUUGUGGAAAGUCCCGCCGACGAGGUCGUAGCUGACUACAACGUGAAGCUCGGCAAGGACGAUAGGGAAGCCAUCGACCCGUCCAACAUCCUCAGCGAGCGCACGCGGCACGCCAAGCCCAUCAACGGCAGCUACAUUCUACCGGACGACGACGAUGACGACGAUGACGAUGAGGAAGAAUACGGAGAGGACGUGAUGCUGCGUGAGGAUGAAACUGUUGUCUCGGCGGAUGCUGCUUCCCUCGAUUAG